GAUUUAAGCGAGAUAGCAGGAGAUGUGGUGCCAUAAAGGGAGAGCAUAGGUAGAUUUAAAUAGACGUUUCUGGAUGUGAAAGAGAGGCAUUGUCCUUCUAAGCUUCAGCAUCCAGCAGGUUUGCAACAUUGAGCCAUGGAGUCGUGCAAAGUGGUGGAAAACGUCUACCUCCUGGUCGUUGUUACACUCAUCAGUGUUCUUCAGAAUGUAUUUUUUGCCCAAAAGGUUGAGAGGGAAUGCAAGAACCGCAACAUGAACACGUCUGCUUUUGAACGAGUGUCUUGUGCAAACCGGAACUGCAUGGAUGCUUAUCCCACUUUCCUGGCAGUCAUGUGGUGUGCCGGAGUGUGCCUCAGUCAAGCUCCCGCUGCCUUUGCUGGCAUCAUCUACCUUCUCGUCAGGCAGAAGUACUUUAUUGGAUACCUGGGACAGAGCUCUCAAAGCACUCCUGGGUACCUGUUUGGGAAACGCAUCAUCUUCUUCCUGUCCAUGAUGUGCAUCAUUGGAAUCUUUAACUAUCUGCUGUGGCGUUUCUACGGCAGCGACUACAAGGAAUACAUGGAAACCAUCACAGGCGCAGCAUCUGCUCUCCUUCUGCUCCCUUAGUUUAGCUUAUUGCAUACAGUGAUGGACAUUAAGUAUUCAACACAUACAUGUUUUAAGCAGUAAAUAUAACUAAUAACUUCCCCCACUAGGCUGACAUGUUGGUGCAACUCGAAUGAUUGACACAUGCAAGAAAAGGCCAAUAACUUACACUGGAUUUAGUAAAGCAUAUUGCCACAAAAAAUAACUAUUAAACAGAUGAAAAAGCAAGGUUUAAAAGCGUAAAGACAGACAAGAAAGGUGCAGGAAAUGAUUUAUAUAGUAUUUAGAAAGUAAUUUUCUUCCCUAUUAGAAAACAUAUCGGCUGGUUUAAUUACCAAUUGAGUACGAAAAUUGUUAAUUUGAAAGAUAUCCCACAAGAAGUGGGAAUCAAGACCAUUGCAAACUAUGUUCCAAAUUAUACUGAAGUCAAAUAGAGAUAUAUUUCUAAAAUGCUGAAUUCCAGGAAUGCAAUUAGUGCUGUAAUAUAGGAAUGGAAAUAGCAUAAUUAAAAAACAAAAAAACACCUUAAACCAUGUGCUCCUUGUGAGAUUUUGCUUAUACCAGGUAUACUGUGAUCCUUGAUUGCAGAGGAGUGAAAAGAUUUACUGUAAUAUCAAGGAGACCUGGCAUUAGCAGGUAGUCCAUCAAAACCGUAAGCUGCUCAAAGUGUGAGACUUCCAUCCUGAAGAUAACACCAAACAGUAGAGGGUAGAAAUACGAACGUCUGAUGUAAAAAAAUAAAAUAAGGAUCCUGAACACCUCAACUUUAAAAUUUAGGAAAAUAACACUGCUUGAAUGGGCUAAAUAAUAAUUCUGAUAGUUUUGAAAGAAUUGUAUGACAAAGACCUCAAAACACUCAAGAUUAGAUUUCGAGAAGGGGUUAAAAAGCCUUCCUUUACAAAUUUUCUUAUUCAGAUUGACCAUUGGUACCCAUUUCUACAUCUUUUUGCUUCAUUUAUAUACAUUCUGGACAAUGUUGUGAUGAUUUUCAAAUGGUAUUACCUGGAUUGUUACCAAUAUGUGACUUUAAUGCCACCUAGGUUCCUUAUACGUUUAUCAUCCUUUACAAAAAUCAGCUGUUCAAAAGUUAACUUGCAUAUGCAUAAAACUGAAUUAAAAGGCUUCAAACAUGCAUGUAGAAAGUAUUUUAUUGCAUCUUAUUCAUCAAAAUUAAGUAAAAUAUACUCCAUAUUUACAAUAUACACACCACAUUUACAAAAAAAUAUAAAACAAAUGACUGUUAAGUGCAAAAGACUUCAACCCCUUCUUUGUAAAUCUCUGUGCAGCACAAACAGACGGAAUUUAACUUGGAAAAAGUUGUUCUUGU